ACUCGGCCCUUUCCGCCCCGCUUCGGCCCCGCUCGGUUCCCGCCCCCCUCCGCCCCUCGCUCGCUCCCUCCCUCCAGCCAGGGACAGCCCCCGAGCUCAGGCCGGCGAGUUUGCCGGGGCUGGUUGUGCGCGUCCCGGACGCUCGGGCUCACCUGGACAACCCGCAUCCCCGCCACGCUCCUUGUCCCACCUAAAAACUUCUCGGAGAGCGACGGUCGGGCAGCGCGCUCGCCCCGCGCAGUCCCCAGCGCUUUCUCGCUCCCCGGGCAGGCGGCGGCGGCGGCGGCGGCGGGAGACGGGAGUCGCGGCGUGAGGGGCGCCCCCGCCGGCCCCUCUGGGAACAUGGCGACCGGCGGCUACCGGAGCGGCGGCAGCACCACCACGGACUUCCUGGAGGAGUGGAAGGCGAAGCGCGAGAAGAUGCGCGCCAAGCAGAACCCCGCGGGCCCGGGGUCGAGCGGCGGGGAUCCAGCCGCCAAGUCCCCCGCGGGAUCGCUGACCCCGACCGCGGUCGCGGGAACCUCGGAGCUCAACCACGGCCCCGCGGGCUCGGCCGCACCUGCCGCCCCCGGGCCCGGCGCCCUGAACUGCGCUCACGGCUCGUCCGCGCUGCCCCGCGCGGCUCCCGGCUCCCGGCGGGCGGAGGACGAGUGCCCUAGCGCCGCUGCGGCCGUGGGAGCGCCUGGGUCCCGGGGCGAUGAGGAGGAGCCGGAUAGCGCCCCGGAGAAGGGCCGCAGCUCGGGACCCAGCGCCAGGAAAGGCAAGGGGCAGAUCGAGAAGAGGAAGCUGCGGGAGAAGCGCCGCUCCACCGGCGUGGUCAACAUCCCCGCGGCGGAGUGCUUAGAUGAGUACGAAGAUGAUGAAGCAGGACAGAAGGAACGGAAGCGAGAGGAUGCCAUCACCCAGCAGAACACCAUCCAGAACGAAGCUGCGACCCUCCCAGAUCCAGGCACAUCCUACCUGCCCCAGCAAUGUUUAUAUACUAUCCACUUUUAUUUCCACAGCACAACCAGUGCCCCAGAAGAUGAAAUCUCAAAUAGAUAUCCCCGAACAGACAGAAGUGGUUUCAGUAGACACAACAGAGAUGCAAAUGUGCCGGCUAGUUUCUCCUCAAGUAGCACCUUGGAAAAGAGAAUUGAAGAUCUUGAAAAGGAAGUUGUAAGAGAAAGGCAAGAAAACCUUCGACUUGUGAGACUGAUGCAAGAUAAAGAAGAAAUGAUUGGGAAACUCAAGGAAGAGAUUGAUUUGUUAAAUAGAGACCUAGAUGACAUGGAAGAUGAGAACGAGCAACUAAAACAGGAAAAUAAAACUCUUUUGAAGGUUGUUGGGCAGCUGACAAGGUAGAAGCUGCACGGGCGGCUUCGGUGUGGAAAGCCUGCUUUUACACUACUGAUGAAUGUCAUGGCUAAGGCUAAGCUGAGACGUCUGUGAUUCACUGCGUUGUUGAGAGGACUGUAUAUUUAUUUCUAGAAAACACGUGGAUUUUUUUUUCAAGCUUCACUCUUUUUCAUUGCUAGUUUCUAAGAAGUGUAAGCCCUGUAUUUCACAUAGAAGUAACGUUUUUAGUUAUUAAAAUCAUAGGUAAUGCCUCUUGGUUUUGUGCGAUAUCCAGAUAAUAUAUGGUUCAAAGUAACAGCCAUUUGCAUAUAUUUUAUCUAUGUUAGCCCAUAUUCUCCCUAAAGGACUAUGCAUAGUCUUUGUUUACAUGAAUUCACAUCCUUGGGGGAGAUGGCCUACGAUGCCUUAUUACUAAUGUGUGCGGCCUUCUGUGUGUUAAUACUUGGACGGAAAGACUCAUCUGCUGUCGUCUCUACUUUCCACAUGCUGUAAUGAUUCCCAGUAGUAAUAGACACACUAUUUUGUAUAGCAGUAAUCAUUCAAAGGAAAGCUAUUUUACAGAGUUACUUCAUGUGUUCUAGUUGGCUAAUUAUAAACUUAAGAGAAUACUUGAACUGUGUUAUAGUAAGUGAAAAAUUACUAUUUUGUGUUUGGAUUUUAAAAAUUUUUCAAUAACUUCUGAAAAAAACAGUUUAUGUAUAGUUGAUGUAGGUACAUCGUUCUUUUUUUAUUGAUCUAGGGUUUACUAGUAAAUAAUGGGAUAUUUUAAAAGUUGUUUAUUCUUCAGGCCUCACGUUGUGUACAAUUUUAGUACUGAAGAAGAAAAUUGAUGCUGUUAAUAGCAUGUGCUUCAAAAUCAGAACCAAAAUAUUUUUCCACAUGAAAACUAUGUACACGUAUGUACACAUAUGUCAGCAUGCGUAAGCAGAGAUAACAGGAUAAUCUCAGCUGAUUCCUGGGUUGGAGACCCUGGGACGCCUUUUUCUUAAGAGAGAAAGUCCCAUAAUCUUAACGCUGAGGAUUUUAAAGCAACCGUAUUUGAAGAUUUAUAAAAUAAAGUUGCCUUCUAUUAAAUAUC